UUCAGUUUGGUUUUGGUCGCAGCUCUGACAGACUCCGUCAGUCCCAGGCCUCGGUGCUGGAUGUCUGCUGGGUGUCUGCUGGGUGUCUGCUGGGUGUCCCCUGGGUGUCCCCUGAGGAGACAUGGAGCUGCUGCUGUCCUCGCUGAGCGACCUGGACCCUGAUGCUCUGGAGCUCGAGUACAGUACAGUGCGUUCACAGUCCUUGUUGUUGAAGAGAGAUCUGGGUUUGACCACUGACAUUGGAGCUCUGAAGGAAAACAUCAAGAGGAACAGAUACAAAGACAUCCUGCCAUAUGACCAGACUCGGGUGGUGUUGACUCUGCUGACCUCAGAUUUUGACACAGAUUACAUCAACGCAAGUUUUUUGGAGGGGGCGACAGAAAACAAGAGGUACAUCGCCUCUCAGGCUCCUCUCAGCUCCACAGUGACUGACCUCUGGAGGAUGAUCUGGCAAUAUGACGUCAAGGUGAUAGUCAUGGCCUGCAGAGAGGUGGAGAUGGGGAAGAAGAAGUGUGAGUGUUACUGGGCUCAGCUUCAUCAGUCGACUACAUUCGGACCAUUUACUGUCAACAACCAGGAGGAGACACAUCCUAAUGAAGAUAUGGUGGUUCGAGCUCUGACUAGUGCAGGCUGUGGGAGGACAGGAGUCAUCUGUGCUCUUGACUACAUCUAUGACCUGCUGGUUACCAAGAGAAUCACCACCGACUUCAGCAUCAUGAAGAUCGUCCUGGAGCUCAGGAGACAGAGACCCUCAGCUGUCCAGACUAAAGAUCAGUAUCGGUUCAUCUUCUCGGCCGUCGCCUCUUUGAUCCAACGGCUCCUGCGGUCGAGCGGUCGACAGCUCUACAGCAACCUGCCGCAGCUGAAGACACAAGACAAGGAAACAACCGUGACUCCUGCUUCCUUCAACAAGAGAUUGUUGAGGCUGAGCAUGAAUGACACGUACGCUGUGGUCAAUAAACCCAAACAUCCCCACCCACCUUCAUCAAAGCCCGCCCACUCUGAUGUAGCCCCGCCCAGAGCCAGCAGGACCCUGCCCCCCUCCCACCACUACGAUAACGACCUUGCAGGAGCGGCGGCGGCGGCUCCCGUCUACAGCUGCGUCCGACCCCGAGCUAAACCACAAAGCCCACCUCUCUCUGCCACGCCCAUCUAUGACACGGCGACUCCAGCCAAUCGUAAGCCGGGGGAGGGACAACUGUCGCUGCGUAGCAACGGAGACUAUCAAUCGGUGGCAGACGAAAAACUUUCACCAACAAACGACGAUUAUGAAGAUUUCUCCACUUCGGUCACAGACACGUCCAGCAUCUGUCCACCAGGGGGCAUUGGGUUUAACUGUCGUAUUCAGAAGCCCAAAGGACCCAGAGAUCCUCCAGCGGAGUGGAGCCGGCUGGAGAGAUGAACCACUCCGAACUGGACUCAGUCAAACUGGACUCAGUCAAACUGGACUCAGUCAGUGUGUUAACGUUUCCACGAUGUCCAGUUGACCUGAAGUGAGACUUGUGUGUGAUUGUUGUGUGUCUGAUUCCCUCCUCUGAAUCUCCCCUCACGUCUCUGCAGUUUAUCAGGUUGGAUUUUCAGUGUGGGUCCAUGUCCGGUCCAGACAUGUAGCGUAGAGAAGAACUGGAGUGAUAGCUUUUACUGUUUCAUCUGCAAGUAGAAGUAAAAGUGAAAGAUAAUGUGAAAUGUUAAAAGAGUCCCUCGUCUCAGGUCAUCCCACUCUGCCAGUGCUGACCACCAGGGGGCAGCAGAGCAACACAAAAGCAGUGAGACAUCCUGCAGGAGGAUGAAGUUACAUUUCAGAGGACACACACUGAUGU